AUGGAACGCCAAUCACGUGGCGAUGGUGAUACCAACGAUCCACCCAGAAUAACUGAUCCGAGUGUUACCAAGCCUCGCAAAAGAGGUCUUUCCUUGAGAUCGCAACUGCUCAAUAAGAAGCUACUGAACAAUCCGGCCACAAACAAUUCUGUACCAGAUAUCGAGCUUUCAGAGGUAGAUGCAUCACAUGAAGGUAGUGACAGCCAAGCGGUCAAGACUGAGCCAAAGGAGAGAUUUGCUGAGGAAUCAUAUCAUGAUUUAGUUUUGGAGGAUAGGGAGCCCACUAGUGGAGAUCAAUCAUCAAGAAAGACAUCUUUUCUGAAAAAUCUACACAAUAAAUUGUUAGGAGUUAAAAAUGUAUCCAAUUCGAAAGGACAAAGAAGAGUUCCACUUCAAAUAGGUGGAGAAGCUCCUAACUAUGCAUAUCUCCAAAACAAGCAAGGAAAGUCGCUGUUGAAAGAUCCGAAGACAAAUAAGGCUUUUUGCGAUAACAACAUCAAGUCCUCAAGAUAUACGCUGGCGACUUUUGUUCCACGACAAUUGUAUGCACAGUUUUCAAAGGUAGCUAACUGUUAUUUUUUGUGCAUUUCUAUCAUGCAAAUGAUCCCUUCUUGGUCUACCACAGGUACAUACACUACUAUUAUCCCAUUGAUGGUUUUUGUUAGCAUAUCAAUUGCGAGAGAAGGGUACGAUGAUUGGAAAAGACAUCGUCAAGAUAAAGAUGAGAAUCACAAAAAGGUUAUGGUGGUAGCCUCUCAAUCUCCAGGCCUCUAUUCAAACACCACACUCAGAAGUGCCAAUUCUUUGUCCGAACUCAACACUGAUAUUGGUGACACAGAACCCUACCAAGCCCAAGUGCUUGGACGCUCAAGAGGUAGCACUAUAUCCGAAUCCAAUAAUGUGUUUGAUGGUAUAGAGGAACGCUUUUCUGGAAAACGUUUCCAUCUAUCCAAAUCUUACUGGAAAGAUGUCAGAGUUGGGCAGGUUAUUGUACUCAAACGAGACGAUUGGGUUCCUGCAGAUAUCAUACUCCUUUCUUCUACUGGAGAUUCGGGCGAAGUUUUCAUUGAAACAAUGGCAUUGGAUGGAGAAACUAACCUAAAGGCCAAAGUUCCCCAUCCUGAGCUUUACAAGCGCUGCAAUACUAACACAGGAUUAGAAGCGGUCCAGGCCGAUGUUUCCACUGAAAAUCCGAACUUAGACCUUUACAACUUUGAGGGCUCGUUGAAAUUCAAAGGCGAGUCCAUAAGUUAUCCUCUUGGUCCAGAUAAUAUCGUUUACAGAGGAUCAAUUAUUAGAAACACAGAUUACUGCUUAGGACUUGUUAUCUUCACAGGUGAGGAAACAAAGAUUCGAAUGAACGCAAUCAAGAAUCCGAGGACUAAGGCUCCAAAACUUCAGAGGGCUAUUAAUAUGAUCGUGUUCUUCAUGAUUUUUGUUGUCGCUUCCUUGUCUGCAUUCCUAACGAUGGCACAGAGAAUUUGGUAUGAGAAGACAAAAGAUCAGUACAUUUAUCUUUACGAAGAAGAUGUUGGGGUAGCUGCGACACUGAUGGGAUACAUUGUUAUGCUCAAUACUUUGAUUCCGUUAUCUUUGUAUGUUACGAUGGAAAUCAUUAAAGCAAUGCAACUUGUUCUCCUGCAAAGCGAUAUUGACAUGUAUGACAGGAAAUCCAAUACUCCAGCAGAGGCCAGAACCGCAACGAUUCUUGAAGAGCUGGGACAGGUCAGCUACAUUUUCUCCGAUAAAACCGGAACUCUAACGGACAACUUGAUGCUUUUCAGAAAAUUUACAGUCGCAGGAACUGCCUGGGUACACGAUAUAGAUCUUGUGAAUCAACAGAAUGAGCAAGGAGACGAGCCAGAAGAGACAGAUAGCCCCAAUCUUGAAGUGAAUGGAAACAAAGAAACUUUGGAACCCCGAACUAGUAUUUCUCAUCGUGGUGGUCAAGCUACUUAUACGGGACGUCCUAGUUUAGCAUCCAUUUCUUCCAAUCAUAAUCCAAAACAGUCAGAAACUACAACCACUAUCUCCCUUGAAGCUUCAACUUCAAGCUCUCCUACUAAAUCCUUUUCAGAUCCUAGCUCCACAGGAAGCCUCAAGUCUACUGUUGAGCUGAUUCGGUAUUUGCAGAGGUACCCAAGUUCGUUUUUCUCAAAGCAAGUCAAAUUCAUGCUAUUGUCUCUUGCCCUAUGUCAUUCAUGUUUGCCACGUAGGGCAGAUCCGGGAGCAUCCGAUGAUGAUGACGAGGAUAAUAUAAAUUAUCAAGCUUCUUCCCCUGAUGAACUGGCUUUAGUGAUUGCUGCUAGAGACAUGGGUUACAUUGUUUUUGACCGCAAAUUAAAGAUGUUAACUUUAAAAGUGUACCCUAAUAGUUUUGAUGGCGAACCAGUUUUAGAAAACUAUGAGAUAUUGGACACUGUGGAAUUCACUUCAUCAAGAAAACGGAUGUCUGUUAUAGUGAAAUUUCCCGAUGGUCGAAUUUGCAUGUUGACAAAAGGUGCAGAUAACGUUAUGCUAGAAAGGUUCAGAGAUAAAGAGCUUGUGGAGCGGAAGAUCAAGGAAUUAAAAAAGCAAACUAGUGAACGUAAGAAUCAAGAAGCUGAUAUCGUUUUGCAACACAAGAAUGAAGAUGCUUCUGCUAAUGUGCGGACUUCUAUAUCAAGUAUUGGAUCUUCUCUAGCGGAAAGAGUUAGUCUUCAAAUUGGCCGAACGUCUCUGCAUGUAAAUCCUGACCCCCACAACAGUAUUGACGGCAGAAUUAUGAAUGAGGAGCCUGACGAGGAAGAGGAGUACGUGAAGAAUAUAACAAAAUCCUCCCGCAAAUCCAUUCAUCUCCAACAAGCAAAGAAGUAUGAUAUCUCCAGUGAACCAACUGCCGAUUCUCCAAUUGAAGAUUAUGUGACAUCAGAAAAGUUAGUUUUUAAUGAGGAGUUUGUUUUAGAGAGAACGUUGCAGCACAUUGAGGAAUUUUCUGUUGAAGGUUUACGAACUUUGAUGUAUUGUUAUAGAUGGCUUGACAAGGAUGUUUAUGAACGAUGGAGCCAACAGUACGCUGAUGCUAAGUCUUCUCUUACUGAUAGAAAAUAUAAUAUAGAGAAAGUUGGAGAAAUACUUGAAUUCGAUUUCGAAUUGGUAGGGGCUACCGCAAUCGAGGAUAAACUUCAAGAAGGAGUUCCCGAAGCUAUCGAGAAGCUGCGUAAAGCUGGCAUCAAACUGUGGAUGCUUACUGGAGAUAAGAAGGAAACGGCCAUUAACAUAGGUUACUCCUGUAAGUUGAUUAAAGAUUACUCCUCAGUAGUCAUCUUAAGCAGUGAUGAAGGAAUUCAAAACUUAUCGACAAAAAUGGCUGCUUCCGAACUGGAAAUAAAAGAAGGAAAUGUAGCUCAUUGUGUUGUCGUAGUAGAUGGAGCCACCUUUACGGAUAUAGAGAAUGAUCUGACAUUGAUGACCUUAUUUAUUGAACUUGGUGUUAAAGCCGAUUCGGUCAUUUGCUGCCGAGCUAGUCCGUCCCAGAAAGCUACAAUGGUUUCUGUCAUUCGAAAGUACAACAUGAAGAAGGUUACUCUAGCAAUUGGGGAUGGUGCAAAUGAUAUUGCAAUGAUUCAACAAGCUGACAUUGGUAUUGGCAUCACUGGUAAAGAAGGUUUACAAGCGGCGAGAACUUCGGAUUACUCAAUUGCACAAUUUAGAUUUCUUUUGAAACUGCUUUUAGUCCAUGGAAGGUACAACUACAUUCGAACGUGCAAGUUUGUUUUGUGUACCUUUUACAAAGAAAUUCUAUUCUACCUAACGCAGGCAAUUUAUCAAAGAUACACACUAUUCACAGGCUCGUCGUUGUAUGAAUCAUGGUCUUUGUCUAUGUUCAAUACUUUGUUUACCUCACUUCCUGUCCUUUGUAUAGGCAUGUUGGAAAAAGACCUGAAGCCUUCGACGCUGCUUGCCGUUCCUGCUCUUUACAAGAUUGGAAGAAAUUAUGAGGCAUUCAACUUAGUAACGUUCAUUUACUGGAUGCUUUUAGGUACUUCUCAAAGUCUCCUCAUUUCAUUUGCUAACUACUUAGGCUGGGGAGGAUCCAGCAGCCAGGAUAAUACGACGUAUCCAUUGGGAGUUGCAUCUUUCACAGCUCUAGUCUUCGUUGUGAACUUGAAAUGUCAGGUUUUAGAGAUGCAUAACAUCACCAAAUUCUCCUUGAUUGGAACUCUUGUAUCAUGCUUAGGGUGGUUCCUGUGGCUAAUACUUUUGACAGGACUUUAUCAGAGCAAGGAUUCGAAGAUUUUUUUUGUUAAAUCUGGGCUCUUUCAUACAUUCGGCACGGACAUCACCUGGUGGUGCAAUUUGCUAGUCCUUAUCCUAAUUGGACCAUUGUUAGACAUUAUCCUGACCGUCAUUAAGAAAGACUUAAUUCCUUCUGAUACAGACAUAUUUCAAAACAUUGAAAAGAUUCCCAUGUUUCGGAAGACAUUUGAGAUCAAGGCAUUCCCGUAUAUGUUUCAGGGUUGGACUUGGCCCCACGAAUCUGUUAUACUGGAAGAGAAAAAGCUUUCUGUUUCACCUUUCAAAAGGAAUUACUACAAUUUCAAAUCGAUUUUGAAGAAGGGAUCAACCGGCCCGACAAUGACUACAAGAAAGCGGAAUGGGACACUACCCUCCAUCUACGAGCUUCCUCCGGGUUCACCAAGCGUUGUCCGCAAGGUAACUUCGAAGGACGGCUACGAAUCUGAGAUUUUACCCAGUGGUAAAGUAAUUCAAGUAAAACAUGGAGUCUCUAGAUUGAAAAAAGUGACAAGGAUGUUUAAGUUGGACAACGUAGAUGAAGAAACUGACUAUGACACUGAGGCGAUUAUAGAUAGAAGAAUCAAAGAGACAGAGACUUAG